CGUUCCUGUGGCCGGCUGACAGCUUCGGGCCUGGUCACGCCAUAGGCGACAUGUCACGUGACCCGCGACAGAGGUAGAGGAGGAAAAAUGUGGAAACAAGCAACACAAAGAAGCGGAAGACAGAGUAAAGAAGGAAGAGGAAAAGCAGAGCAUUUGAAGUAAAAAGAAGAAUUGAGCAGAACUGAGCAGAAUUGAAGGAAGCAGGUGAAAAGGCGACCUGAGUCUUGCGCAUCCCGUUGUUCAGCGCCGGCACCGGUGAGCUCCGGUAAUCUUCAGGUUGACAGCAGGGCUCCCCGUUUACGCGUCAACAGCCUCAUUCACAGCUCACCAGAGGACAUGAUUCAUGUGUGCUUCGGUUGUUUUUGAAGUGCAAGUUUCACUUUUUCAGCUUCAUGGGAAUGAACCGAUACAGAUAACGUAGUUUUCUGUAUUGUUUGAAAACGUUUUCCCUUUGGUUGAGUUGAACUAAUUUAUUUAGCCUCUCUUUUCCCAUCUGAGCCUAAUGCAUUUUAUUCUAAAUUCCCACCUGACUAUAGCUAUUGAUAUUAUUUUCAUCUGGAAACAUUUUCGUUAACCGAUUUUUUUUUUUUUUUUUUUUUUUUUUUUUUUGUGUGAGCGCUUCUGAAAUUAUUAUCUCCUUCUGUGGGUUUGCGGUUCCUCCCUAAAGUAGCGAGGACUUUAUAUUCCAAUCCACUGGGCUUCAUGGAUAACAUGAACUCCUUUGUGGAAUACUCUAUAUGUAACCGAACGGGAAGUGGUGCUUACUCUGGCCCUAAACCUGGAUACCAUCAUCAUCAUCAUCUGCAUCACCACCACCUUCCUCUUGAUCAGCACCAUAGCCUCUCUGUGACCCCCAGCUGCCUCCACGGCCUCAACAGCUCCUCCGUUCCGGUUAACGGGACCGGCGACAGCGGUUACAACGCAGAUGGAACUAUCUAUAGGAACACAUCGGCGGAUAUUGAAGAGACGCACGAGUCCAGAGGGGUGAGCCAGCACCAGCAUCCAAUAAAUCAUCUUGAGCAUCAGCAUAUACACAGUGGUUUCCAUCAUCACCAGAACCAAAGCGCACAGAGUGGAUUGUUGACUCAAUACACCAACGGCAGUGGAUGCACCUCGGGGUCUUAUGCUGGCCAGGCGUGUGCUGCAAACUCAGAGUAUGUAGCCGUUACGGAUCCUCCCAGCUCUAUGCAGCCUAAGUAUUUUAUGGACGAGUCUAUGGCCCCUACCUACUACCAUCAAUCGGGCUUUCCCACGUCCACCCCACCUGUCGGCCCCAGCUACAGCACGCUUUCCGGGGCUUACUGCGGGCCUCACGGCCCUCUCGCCAGCUCGCAAUACCCGCAGCAGAUUGGCGGGGGCCCGGAAGCAGUGGGCUACCUGGGGUUCCCGCAAGCAGGAGGGUAUGGAGAGUUGCCGUUAUCCCUGGGCCAAGGGAAAGAGGAUGAGGAGAAUCAGCUGGCAGGACAGGGACAAACUUUUGACUGGAUGAAGGUGAAAAGGAACCCCCCCAAAACAGUCAAAGUGUCGGACUUUGGCCUCGCAGGAGUCCACAACAACGCCAUGCGUACCAAUUUCAGCACGCGGCAGCUGACGGAGCUGGAGAAGGAGUUCCACUUCAGCAAAUACCUCACGCGGGCGCGGCGCGUGGAGAUUGCGGCAACGCUUGAACUGAACGAGACCCAGGUAAAAAUAUGGUUCCAGAACAGACGAAUGAAGCAGAAAAAACGCGAGCGGGAGGGCACGGGCAGUACUCCGCGCCCCCACUCAUCUGACACCCGCAGUGGGUUUGCCAAGGAACUGGAGGACACGGACCACUCCUCCCUAUCAACUUCUCCAGGAGCGUCCCCAAGCUCGGAGACGUAGCCUGUGCGUGACUGGGGACAUUUUUGAGUCACUCUGAACAAGAAAUAUAUUCCCGUUCUACAGACUUAAGCUUCAGGAAAAUUAAAGCUUUAAUGAACAGCCUCUUAAUUUACGUAUUUCCUCGAGUAGUUAUUUUUGUACAACAUAUAUCCCCCUGGAUUAUUUCCAUUUCAUUUUAUUUCAUUUUAUAGAAUACAAAAAUGUCAAACUGUUUUACAUUUUUAACCUUUGUAUUGUGAAGUUUUUAUUCAGGAAAUUUUAAUCAUUUGAGUUUUAAUGAUGGGCAAAAAAAGAAAAUUAAAUUCAAUAGCUCAUGGGUUUGUCAAGCUAUCCAACGUUUUCUGACACAAACCCUAAUUGAUCUUUGUGGAACUGCAGUCCUCAAAAUGAAAGUGACUAUACCCACCUCUAGUAACUAGGCAUGGGAUUAUUUGAUAUGCUUUCAAGUCAGUCGUCCCAAACCCCAGUCAAGGACUGAUGUACUUCAACUUUUAGAUGUGUUUGCUUCAACACACCUGACUCAAAUAUUAGCUCAUUAGCAGAGAGCUGCAGAGCUUGACUGCAUGUUAGCAAGUCUGUUUAGCAAUUCAAUUCAAGCGUGUAGGGGAAGGGACACAUCUAAAAGUUGCUGGACACCUGCCGUUGAGGAUCUGAGUUUGAGACCCUUGUAUGACAGUGGGAAAUAUAGGGGUUCACAGGAAUUGGGGCUAUUUAAGUAGAUAGAACCUAUUUUGUCUAAAUAUUUUUUUGAAGACUUACAUUGUCAGCCUGAAAAGUGACACAGUGGGUAGCACUAUUGCCUUGCAGCAAGACGGUACUGGGUUUGAACCCUGGCCUGGGGUCUUUCUGCAUGCAAU